AAAACUCAGCGGGAUUAUUAGAGCAAUUGCUACCGAUGAUUAUUUUGGAAGUUUGUAACCGAGCUGUAGAAGAGAUUCUAGUCACCAGAUUUGAACAGGCAAAGGAGGAAUCCAGAUAUGAUAAAAUUGAUUACACCGUUGCGGACUUCGAUAGUAUUGUUUACACCAUAAGUAAUCCAAAUAAUGAUAAGAAAAAGAUACUUGUCAGUAUAUUCAUUAAAUUCUUUCAUGAAUUAAAUGAACAUGGUGUAAAUGAGGUCUUGUCUCGCGAGUACGGUGAUUUUCUCUCUUCAGCAGAGCCCAAUCAGAGUGUAACCUUAUGCAUAGAUUUAGAAAAACUACCUCCAGAUCAUAAUCAAUUAGCUCACAAAUGUGGUCUUUUAAAAAGAAAUUGUAUGGCAGCUGUUUUUGAGAAGUUUUUCGAAUAUCAAAUUAAAUCUAACGUGGAUUCGGGUUCUAAGAGGGCGGUGAUACAUUAUAGAGACGAUGAGACAAUGUAUGUACAAGCAUUAGCUGAUCGAGUUACAGUUAUCUUUAGUACAACAUUUAAAGAUCCAGAUGAUUUGUUAAUUGGAAAAGUUUUUAUGCAAGAGUUCACUGAGGUAAGAAGACGUCUUGAUCGAGCACCUCAAGUAUUGUAUUCUCAUCGCGUUCCACCAAAAGAAUUACAGGGGACUGAUGCAGUUAUCAGUGAUUCGGUUGCGUACAUUACUUUUGUGCUUUUUCCGCGUCAUUUAUCAACUGAAUCUGCGCGUAAUUCUACCAUCGAUCUAAUACAAACAUUAAGAAACUAUUUACACUACCAUAUUAAAUGUUCCAAAGCUUAUAUGCAAAUGCGUAUGCGUGCUAAAACAGUGGAAUUCUUGAAAGUACUCAACCGUGCUCAUAUUGAACAUCCAACAAAUACUGUGAUUAAUACCAAUAUUACGGCUGCUUCUGGUGAACUCAUACCUAUUUCACCAUCAGUGAACAAAGUCGGUGGUAUACAAAGUGAUAAUAUGAGUCGAACAAUGCGUACAGGUUAAUAUUUUCAAUCAAUCAAUCAAUAAAUUUAUUGAUUAUAGGAGAAGAAAAACACACACACAAAAAAAAAGAAAAAUUCUUUCAACGUUAAUUUCUUUUAUUAUUUGUAUUAUUAUUCUUUUUCUUGUUAUUCUCUAUUUUAUUCAUUUUGAUAUUUUAUUAUAUUUUUUAAGAAUAGAAAUUUUCUUAAUUGUUAAUAUCAAUGAUAGAUGUUUAUUAAUUAAUUCAUUGAUAUUAGAAGAAUAGUUACAACAACGAUAUUUUGAAAUCAUAAUCAUAAUAAUAAUAAUAAUGAAUACUUUAUUUUAUAUAUAUAUACAAAUAUUAUAUACUUUUUUCAAGUUAUAUGUCUAUAUUUUUGUUGCCACCUUCCUCCCCCCACUUCCUAUUUUUUUCUCUUUGAUUACUUUAAAUAUCUUACUGGCUUUAAUUGUUCUUCCAUCCAAGGGGGGGUGUUCUCUCUCUCUCUCUCGUAUGCGCUUGCUUGCUUGUUCGGUACUCUUUUUUUUAAAAAAAAUCUUUUUGACACAUUCCUUCCAGUUGGUGAUAUUUCGUUAUUAUUAUUGUUGUUGUUGUUUCAUUCUCUUCAUUAAUCAUUGUCAUAGUUCAUUCUAUCAUUGAUAUAGAACGAAUACCAUGAGUAAGCAAUAUGUGAAAGUUGAUGAAAAACUGGAAGACAAAAAAAAUGAGACAUAGAGCACAACAUGCCUGUUAUAUUCUUUUUUUGUUUGUCGUAUUAUCAUUUAAUAAUUUCAAUUCACUUGCUCGUUUCACACUGUAUACCACCAUCGUUUUUUUUCUAUCGAGAAGAAACACAUUCCUCUGAUUGCUCAUCAUUCCUGCCUAUAACAAGUAUAUAUAUAUGUAGAGAGAGAAAGUGAGAGAGAUGUUUACAAUUAUUUUGUGACUGUUUUGUUUUUCUUUGUAAUCUCAUCUUGUUAAACAUUACAUUGAAUAGCUAAAUGGGGAUUAAUUUUCAAUUACUUAAUUGAGUAUAACAGUUAAAGGCUUCAUUCCAUACACACCUAUUUUAGUAUUAUUUGUUAACUAUAUUAAUAAAUGAAUUUCCACAUAUACAACAAAUAAAUGGUGCUUGAAAAACAACUAUCUAUACACACACACACACAUACUUGUCUUUGGUUGAUCAUCCGGUGAUGAUAACGAUAUUACAGUAAAUGAAUCUUGCCAAUUGUAUUAUUCUGUAUCAUCUUUAUUCUUUUCUUUUUUUUUUUUUGUUCUCAAUAAAUAACCAUGACUUUUACUCUGUAUGUGAUUAUCUUGUUAGUUUUGUUUUCUUUACAAUGAAAACGUUUUUUUAUUGUCUUUCUAUCCAUCUCUCUAGAUGGAUAUAUGCUGAUUUUUGUUUUAUCUAUAACGAGGUUGGACUACAGUUUGUCAACGAUUAAUAUUAGUUUCUUGUCUCUCUCUCUGUGUGUAUGUGUGUGUGUCUGUCUUUACUAAUAUUAUUGUAAUCUCUGCCAGUAUAUCUCUAGUGCCUUUUGUUUUCUAUACUACCAUUUAUAUAAAAUGCAUCAAUUUGUUUUUAUAUGAUUUUAUAUAUAAUUUUUUUGUUUGCUUUUGUAUUGAUGAAUUCCAACUGUUCCUCUAUGACGUAAUACAUAGUCGAUGGUAAGAGUAGUACCUAGUUUCUUUAGUCAAUCACACACACACAUACAGAUACACAAAAAUAAAGAAAAGAAAAUAAUAAUAUUACAAAAAUUUAAACAGAUUUCACAUCAUGAAUCUCUUUACAAAUAAAAAUGAUAAUGACAUAAAGUCUCCCAAAUGGAAUAUACAGUCC